AUGAAGUAUAUGAAACUUGGGUGUAGACCUGACACUUUCUACAACACAGAGAAUGUUAGGUCUGUCUCAUCAGAGGUUUCAAGUGAUCUCAUCAUCCAAGUUAAAGGAAGCAGAUAUUUACUCCACAAGUAUCCCCUGCUCUCUAAAUCCCUGCUCCUCCAAAAACUAUGCUCCGAAAUCCCGAAAACGCCCUCGAACCUCCACAUCCUCCAGCUCCCGGACUUCCCGGGCGGGCCCGACUCGUUCGAGCUCUGCGCCAAAUUCUGCUACGGCAUCACGAUCACCGUCAGCGCCUACAACUUCGUCCCGGCCCGUUGCGCGGCCGAGUAUCUUCAAAUGGCCGAGAAAGUCGAGCCGGGCAACUUGAUCCAGAAGCUCGAGACCUUCUUCGUUUGUUGCAUUCUCAUCGGUUGGCGGGACUCGAUCGCCGUCCUCCGGGCCACGCGGGCCCACCCCUUGUGGUCCGAGGACCUCGGCAUCACGACCCGUUGCAUAGAAUCCAUCGCUUCUCGGGUUGGGCCGGGCCGGGCACGUUGGGCCGAGGACAUAUCCGAGCUCGAGCCCGACCUCUACCUCCGAACGAUGACGGCCAUCAAGUCAUUCGGGAGGGCCACGGUCGGGGAUGCUCUGCAGGUGUACGCGGCCCGCUGGCUCGAUCGGGCUGGGCCGGGACGGGCCGCCCUGGAGGCGGUCGUGGGCCUGCUGCCGGACGAGAGGGGUUCGGUCCCGUGCGGUUUUCUGGCUCGGCUGUUGAAGGAUUCGGGUAUGUUAGGCUUGUCAUACUCGUCCAGGAAUGAGUUGGCGAGGAGGAUCGGACUGCAGUUGGACGAGGCCAGCGUGGACGACGUGCUCAUCCCGUGUUUUUCGGAAGGCGUUGAAAACGGGCACGACGUGGACAUUGUGAUGGCGAUUUUGGAAGGGUUCAUGUCGAGGGGGCUCGGGAGCCGACCCACAAGCCCACAAGGGCACCGGAGGUCGAGGUCCGCGGAUUCUGAUUUUCGGGAGGGGAGGAGAUCAUCCUACGCUUCGCAUCACGGGUGCUUGGUUAGGGUCGGGAGGCUCGUCGACGGGUAUUUACGGGAGAUCGCCAAGGACGAGGGCUUGCCACUGCCGAAAUUCGUCAGCGUGGCCGAGGCCGUGCCCGAGUGGGCCCGGUUGGAGCAUGAUGACCUUUACAUGGCCAUCGACACUUAUCUAAAGGUGCACCCUGAACUCGACAAAACCGAACGAAAGCGUUUGUGCCGAAUACUUGAUUGCAAGAAGCUGUCGAUCAAAACAUGUUUGCACGCAGCCCAAAACGAGAAGCUCCCGUUGAGAGUGGUCGUGCAAGUCCUCUUUUUCGAGCACGCGCGAGCUACGAAUAAUCUCGAGCUAGCGGGAGGCAUCAAGGCACUAAUAGAGGGGGACAAUGUACCAUCAAAUUUGGCCACGUCUUUUGGUAAAAAUACGAAAGUGCCACCGGACGACGAACAAUGGAGGUCGCCAAAGUCUAAUGUUUCCACCUUGAAAAUGAGGCUGGCCGAGGAUGACGACUCGGACGACGACUUUCCAGACGGGUUCGAAAAGUACUCGAAAAUGAGGUCCUUCUGCAUGAUCCCUAAGAGGCCUAAGAGAAUUUUUACAGCACAACAGAUUAAUUGGGCCACCAAGUGUAGACCAGUCAAAUUUUGGCCCGGCCCAGUUUCGACCGGAUCUCUUUUCAGAUGGAACGAAAUGAACCGGGCUUAUUCGCCCGACCAAACGGGCAGCAGCAUAACUGACCAGGCUAGCCCGUUCGCCUCGCGAACGCUAAGUGCAAUUAAACACGAUAACCCCCCGUGUGAGCCGUGUUUUGGCCGAAGCAAUUGCGACUCGAAAAGCCUUCGAGCCAAUGGGUUCAACCCGGACCUAAGUCGAUAG